GGGUUAUCACCCCCUCACUCAACAAUGGAAAACAUUCCUCUCCAUCUAUAUAUAUAUUAGUAGAGGACAGCAGGGUUUCAUGUACUAGUAAGUGGGCAGAUUCCUCCUUUUCUCUGGAAAAGUUGAGCUGCAUAAGGGUGGAGAAAUGAAGACAGUCCAAGAAGAAACCCGAAAAGGUCCAUGGACAGAACAAGAAGACUUGCAGUUGGUAUGCUUCGUGGGCUUGUUCGGAGAUCGCCGAUGGGACUUUAUAGCAAAGGUUUCAGGUUUGAACAGAACAGGAAAGAGCUGCAGGCUGCGUUGGGUUAAUUACCUUCACCCGGAUCUAAAGAGAGGGAAGAUGACUCCUCAAGAAGAGAGGCUUGUGCUCGAACUUCAUUCCAAAUGGGGAAAUAGAUGGUCGAGAAUCGCUCGAAAGUUACCUGGACGAACAGAUAAUGAGAUAAAGAAUUACUGGAGAACUCAUAUGAGGAAAAAAGCCCAAGAGAGGAAGCGGGCUAUGUCGGCUUCCUCCUCAUCCUCAUCGUCUUCUAAUAGCUCUUCUGCAUCGGGCAAUCCAACUGUUGAGUCGAUUCAAUCAACAGAGACUGGGGAAGAAAGUUUCUAUGACACUGGAGGUAUAACAACAGUUUCAACCGAACAGAAGAGUGAGGAACUGGAGAAGGGCGAAGAGGGCUACUCCAUGGAUGAUAUAUGGAAAGAGAUUGCUUUGUCAGAAGACAAGAAUAUGACAUCGGUUUAUGAUGGCUGCUACAGCGAAGAAGGUUGCAACUUCUCAUGUCCUCCAAUGGCUUCACCAUCAUGGGGUUACAGCUCCAACGCACUAUGGCAUAUGGAUGAUGAAGGAAACAAGCUGUUCCCAUUCGUAAACGAUCAACUUUUUUCCUGUUAUGAUAUUGUCAGAGAGUCUCUUUUAACUGCAGAACUCUGAGGGGGCUCUUGACCUGUAUAGCACUAAAUCUUUUGUAGUCUGUACUACCGCAGAAACUGUCACUGUAAUCAUCCUACUACUGUAGCCUGUACUACUGCAACCGUGUGCUUGUACUUCCCAAAGCUCAUGGAUCCUUGUAAACUACCAAGGAAGCUAUUGUGUUGGUAAAUAUUUGUUCUGUGAGAUAUUCUCUGAACUAAAAAUUUUAUAAGUU